CUCUACCAAAUCACCUUCCUAAAUAGAGAGAGACUUUCUCUUAUUGCGAUAACGUAUUCUCUCUCUUUCUCACUCAUAACUAAGGUUUCAGAUUCCCCACAGAGAUGGAGAACACCCAAAGCCCCACUUCAGGAAAUCCGCGGGCCCUACCGGAGCCCAUCCAUCAACAGAUAUUUGUGAAGGUUGAGAAAAUCAUCGCGAUCAGAGCAGAGAGCUCGGACACAACCAACGACAUCAAAGCUAAAAUCCGAGAUAUGGAUAGCAUUGCAACUAAUGUCCAAGAGACUUUCUUAUCCGGAAACAACCUCAAAGAUGUCCAUACAAUGGUUAAAUACGGAUCUCAAGAUGCUGCCACCCUCAACUUACUAGUCCAUUCAGGAGUUAAAAUGCAAAUUAAUGUCAAGAUUCCUCUGGUAAAGACAACCAUUGGGCUAGAAGUGAAGAAUUGCGACACCAUCUACAAUAUCAAGGCCCGAGUUCAGGAGGAGGAGGCAAUCCCACCUGACAGACAGACCCUCAUCUAUGCCGGAAAACUGCUCGAGGAUAGCCUGUCAUUGGCUUCUUACAACAUCCAAAAUGGAGCCACUCUUUAUGCGAUCUUCCGCCCAAGCGAUGGAAUGCAAAUAUUUGUAAGUAGGCAAACAGGAGAUGCAAUCAAACUUGAAGUGAAAGCAUGGUACACCAUCCGGGACAUCAAAACUACAAUCGAGAGCACGUUGGGGACCCCACAACACCAACAAAUGCUUAUCUAUGCUGGAAAGCUGCUUGAUGAUGAUCCAACCUUAGCUGAAUAUGGCAUCAAGAGUGAAUCAACCCUUCAAUUGCGGCCCUACGAGAUGCAGAUUUUCUUUAAGCCACUGACUGGAAGGACCGUUACACUUGUAAUGAAGCUAUGCGAUACCAUCAAGAGUGUUAAGGCCAAGAUUCAGGAAAAGGAAGGGACGCCUCUAAGAAAUCUCAGGCUCCUCUAUGCUGGAAAAUUACUUCAGGACAACCGAACACUCCAGGAUUACAAUAUCGAAAAGGACUCCACCUUGAACAUGAUGUAAUUUGGAAGAAGGUAAUAGUUAGAAGUGAAUGUAAAAGGACUCCCAAUACUUCUAGGAAACUCAUGGAAGAUGACAUGUGAAAAUCAUCAUGGCUUUUGUAAACGAGUUUGAUGUCUACCCAUUUGUGGCAACAUGGUAACACAUGAAGGCUUUCUUUUGAACUCAUUUAAUUCUUAGAAUUAUUUCCUC